GGAAACACUGGACGGUGCAACAGCCUGGGCACAGGUGUAGGAAAGAGCAUCAUUCCGUUUUGCAUCUGUGACAAAUGGCGAGGGAAACGUCUCUGCUGAGCGUGAAAGUUCUUUAUUUCCUGCAAGCAGGGUCUGCCGCCUGCUUCUUCCGGUUCUCGGUGGUCUUCUUCAACUACAUCGGGCUGCCCGCACACUUCAUCGGCAUCCUCGAGUCCAUGGGACCUCUCGUCGGCUUCGUCGGCGGCCUGGUCUGGAGCGGCGUGGCGGACUACCUAGGGUGAGCGAAGGGGAGGAGAGGAGAGAUGACGCCCCGCAAUGAGGCAGUAGUGCGGAUCUGAUCUGGAUCUCUUGCGUAUGCGUGUGUGUGUGCGUGUGUGUCUGUGUUGCCUCAGUGACAGGAAGCUUGUGAUAGUGUGCACCAAUAUCUGUGCGGUGAGUGCGUGGACGUCCCUGCUGCUGCCCUUCAUCCACAGCCACUUCGCCCUCACAUUCCUCACCGUAUUCAUCGCCACCUCAUGCGGCUCGGCCUACGGACCCCUCGCUGACUCCCUCGUACUCGAGGCCAUCAAGCGGCACAGACUUAAGCAGCUGACCGAAGACGAAACCGCCACUGACGCAGACAGGACGCAGUACAUCAGCAGCAGCAGCAGCGGCAUCAGCCCGGAGGAGUCCACCACGUCUGUGGAGAGGGUGACGCUGCAGCUGGAGGAUGGUGUGAGUGGUGGUGUGGCCGACAAGAGGCGGCAGCUGGGUGAGCCUUUGCUGCUGGCGAAUGGGGAGGUGACCCCGAUGUCGCGGUAUCCAUCCUUGAGCCGCUUCAUCAGCCGGCGGUUCAGCUGGAGGGGACAGCAGUUCCGCACCGCUGCAAGGAAGGCGUCAUAUGGCCACCAGAGGUGCGGUGCGAAUGUAUGGUCGGUGGCUGCAGCGUGGGAUGAUUUUGGUUGUCGGCGUGUGUUGUGUUGUGUUAUGUUGUCCAUGGUGUGUCUGGUCUGUCUGGUCUGUUUGUUGCAGGUUGUGGGGUGCGGUGGGGUGGGGGAUGUUUUCGCUGCUGACCGGUCUGCUGGUGGACCACCUGGGCAUCCCCACCAUGUUCGCACUCUACGCCACCGGGCAGGUCCUCGUCAUAUUGGUCAGCCAGCCAAACAAACUGACAACGCAGGCAUCGAAAUCAUCUGCCUGGUGCGUUGCUCGACUACUGAUGCUGUCUGUUUUGUUUCCCCCAGGUGCUCGUGACAUCCUUCCCGUCGCCGCCUAAGAAGGUCCGCCCACUAGUGGCUCCGCAGAACCAGCAGACACAUCCACCUGAACCGACUGAACCAUCACAAGCCGCCCCCGAGCACCCCCUCAGGAAGCGCUCGGAGUCGCUCUCUCUCGGCGGCGCGUACAGCCCCUUCCCAAUGUGUGAGGUCUGCCUGGCCCCCUGUGCACACCAACACAUGCCGCAGCAAGAUGAAGGAACCCAGACGUCAGCCGGGAGCAACGUCGAGGAGGUGAGGUGGCAGAACGGCGGUUUCCUGGCGUCGACCGGCAACAGUGACAACAACAGUGUGUGGCCUGAGGCGGUGGAUAUGCGUGGCCUGCGGCCGAUGCCGAGCACCUGCACCGCCUGCAGGGAUGAGAAGGAGGCGACGGUGCUGAUCAACGGGUGGCGGGACAGACAGGGGAGGGCUCAUGGGGAUGGGGACGGCACGGGGAGAGAAAGCGAGCCUAAGCCGGUGACGCCAUCGGCCGCGAGCGGCUCGCCGCGGUCCCCCAGGUCACUCAAGCGGCUGCUGAGAUUCGAGAUCAUCUGGUGAGUGGAGAUGAGGGAUGCAUGGACACACCACACCACACCACACCACAUGGCCCAUUUAUUCCAUGUCUGUCUGUACGUCUGUCUGUCUCCCUGCCUGCCUGCCUACGAUUGAUGUGUGAGUGCAGGUUGCUGUUGAAUCUGUUCAUGUUUGGGUUUUGCAUGAGCUUGGUUGAGCAGUACCUCUUUCUCUACCUGGUGCAGUACUUCCAUGCCCCCACCUUCCUACUGGGGCUGUCCAUCUUCAUCAUGACCGUCGCAGAGCUGCCUUUCUUCUACUACGCUGAGGACGUUGUCAGGCUGCUCAAGCCACAGGUGGGUGCGUCUGGUCUGUGAGGCUCAGGGAGGGAGGGAGGGAGGGAGGGAGGGGAGAGGGAAACCGUUAAGUGAGAAUAUCGUGAACGACUCUGGCGUGUUUGGUUUGUGGCUGGCGCGCACUGCAGGGCGUGUUGACGCUGGCUCACGUGACGUACGCCGUGCGUGUCUUCAUCUACACUCUCAUACCCAAAUCAAACCCAUGGUCAGUGAGUGAAGAAGCAAGAGAGAACGCACGCACUUGCGCGCGCGUCGAAUGGUCAUGCUCUCUCUUUUCAGGUUGGUGUUGCUGUGUGAGCCGGCUCACGGCAUCACGUUUGCGGCCAUGUGGUGCACGGCCGUCUCGUACGCCAACCAGCUGGCACCCACCGGGCUCGAAACACUCAUGCAGGGGUUCGUGGGCGGCUUCUACCGAAACCUCGGACAGGUAAGUAAACGAGUGGUGAAAAUGGGACGGACAGAGAAGGAAGAGUGGCGCCGCCUCGCUCAUUCUCUCUGCAUCCAUGUGUGUGUGUGCAUGUCAGGGUCUUGGUUGCAUCGUGUGGGGAGCGUUGUGGAAGACGGUGGGGGCUGACGUGCUGUACCGCUCGGCGGCUACAUUUGUGCUGCUGUGGUCGGUGGCAUUCAACCUGGUCCCAUACCUCAGGAACAAGCGGCGGCGGCACAUUGAGGCAGACCGUCACUGAGUGAGGUCGCUGCGCCUGCCAGCCAGAAACGGCAGCGCGUCCGUGUGUCUGUCUUGUCUGUGUGUACAGAAAGCUAGAUGGCAUGGCAUGGGAUGGGACGGGAUGAUUCCAUCCAUCCACACGCAAUCAAUCAAUUAUAGCGUUUUUGCUCUUCCCGCUGCGGUGCGGCAGUGUCUGCGAGAGGAGGGGCUGUCUUUGUGUGAGUGGGCCGGGCCUGGCCUGGCUGGGCUGUCUGUCGGUCUUUGCAUUGUUUGCCUGUCUGUCUGUCUGCCUUUGAAAUGGUGGGUGGCUGUCUUGCGCCAUACAGUGAACACAAUGGCUUGUUUUGGCGUUCAUACGUGGGUUUCAUUCCCGUGCUGUGUUGUGCCUGUUGAUAGCUAGAGGUGGUUUGUCGCUCUUGUGUGCGUGAGGCGAGCCUCCUCACCCCCUGCUUAAUUGCGCGCAACACAAGGAAGCGUGUUGCCAGUCGCCAUCGGUGCUACGCGCGAAGCGAAAUUCAGAGUCGACAACCAACGAUGCCCGAGAGAGAAGCGAAAACGGU